AUGGUACGCCAGAGAACUGUUUCUUUGAAUUGUCGUCUUGUGCACGUGCAUAUGUAUUCAAAAGGCAAAUUCCCUGGCGAACAUCACGUGGUGUGAAUAAUAGGCCAUUUGUACGGUGACGUCAUUUUACUAGUACGACCAGAAUCCUUCAGGAUUUUGCUUUCUUGUGCAAAUUAGGGCUUUUGUUUUCGAAGCCUCACUGGGAUUACAAAAUUAGAAUAUGAAAGAAAAAACGAAAAGGAUUCUGGUCGUAGUAGUAAAAUGACGCCAUCAUGCAAAUGGCCUAUUGGGAAAAAAAGAUACCAGCUAAAAAGGUCUAUUUAGCAAUUAUUGAAGGAGGCUGAAUUAUGUUGUGCAUAAUCCUUGACAUCCUACGAAGGCCGAAUUCAAUAAUUGUUUUAUUAUUCACUCAAAAUAUUGGAACAAGCUUACUUCCUCGUAGACUUUUUUGUUGGCCUGUGUUUUGCACAGUUUCAGGAUAUAAACACAAGUUUUUCUUGCAUAUACUUCCCAAAAAAUAGAUAACAUCCAUUGAGCAAUAUGUUCUGCGUGUUUGUGUUAAUUUCCUUCCGUUUAGUUUUAGUCAGAAAUUCAGCUAAUUCCUCUUCGGAUAGCCGCGUGAACGCCAUUUUUUUUUGCUCACUCGCGAAUAAACGGCUGGGCCUCCGCGCCUUCGAAACGACGUUGAUCGAUGUUCUAUUGCCCAUGUAACCUGGUCUGCAAAUCAAUAUACCACAUUUGUACAACCUGUCCUGUUUUCUAUCCUGGCUUUAAUGGCAGACUGAAGUAUGAACAGUUAUAGUCAAGCCAUAUGGUGAAAAACUUGUGCACUCUGGGGUAAAAGCACCAAAUUUGGUAUGGUAAUAGUACUUGGGCUGCUGAACAAUAUUAGCUAUGGGCCCCAGUCAGGGGGAACAUUUUGUACUCAGGGGGGUGGGGUGGUUGCAGUUUCCAAUUUAACUGCCGUUAUUGAAAAGAAAGCUGCUGUAUCGAUAGGGAAUGGUGUCCUAGGGAAGUUUAACAAGGUCUUUUUAAUCCAACUUUCUAGGUGGCGUGGGGGGGAAGGUUUCAACACAGCUUAGGGGGAGGGGUAGGAGAAUCUCUGUUUGCAUGUUUGUUUAAGUUUAUGUUGUGAGGAAGAAUACAAUAACCUUUCCUGAAUUCUGGGAUAAUUUUAAAUCACUUAGCAAUUAGUUUCUCCUCUGAACUUAUUCUUCAUCUCCAUGGUAGUGGAGAUGGUGGUGGUGGUGUCUAUGGGGGGAUGGGUGGGUUUUUCCCGGUGUAGUAAGCGCAUGUUUCUUAUAUUAUCAGUUAAUCAACCUGCGGAAAUAAACUAGAUGACUUAAGGCACUUUUUUAGGCCCGGUCCCGUUUCACCUGCAAAUUUUGACAAAUUUCACGUAUCACAUGCGUUCUAACCCAUUUUUCACGAUCCACGAAUUUAGUCAUCAACCGAAACCGGAAACCCCGCAUGAAAAGCCCCUCACACAUAACAUAACAGUUAUAUAACAGUUAUAUAACAUAUAUAACAGUUACCUAACUGUUAUACAACAGUUAUAUAACUGUUAUAUAACAGUUAUAUGGCAGUUAUAUAACUGUUAUAUAUACUGUUAUAUAUAACAGCAGACAUCUGCUGUCAUAUAACUGUCAUCACACGUCUGAUGUCUGAUUUUAUAUAACAGUUAUAUAACAGUAUAUAUAACUUUCAUAUAACUGUUAUAUAACAGUUAUAUAACUGUUAUAUAACGUAUAACUGUUAUAUAACAGUAUAUAAUAUAACAACAAAUUUCACGUAUCACAUGCGUUAUAAACCAGUUUUCACGCUCCACGAAUUUAGUCAUCAACCGAAACCGGAAACCCCGCAUGAAAAGCCCCUCACACAUAACAUAACAGUUAUAUAACAGUUACCUAACUGUUAUAUAACAGUUAUAUGACAGUUAUAUAACAGUUAUAUGACAGUUAUAUAACAGUUAUAUGACAGUAUAUAUAUAUAUUUAUAUAUAACUGUUAUAUAACAGUUAUAUGACUGUUAUAUAACAGUUAUAUCACACUUAUAUAACUGUUAUAUAACAGUUAUAUGACAGUUACAUAACUGUUAUAUAACGGUUAUAUAUACUUAUAUAUACUGUCAUAUAACUGUUAUAUAUAACAGCAGACAUCUGCUGUCAUAAACUGUCAUCACACGUCUGAUGUCUGAUUUUAUAUAACAGUUAUAUAACAGUAUGUAUAACUUUCAUAUAACUGUUAUAUAACAGUUAUAUAACUGUCAUAUAACUGUUAUAUAACUUUUAUAUAACAGUAUAUAAUAUAACAACAAAUUUUACGUAUCACAUGUGUUAUAAACCAUUUUUCACGCUCCACGAAUUUAGCCAUCAACCGAAACCGGAAACCCCGUAUGAAAAGCCCCUCACACAUAACAUAACAGUUAUAUAACUGUUAUAUAACUGUUAUAUAACAUAUAUAACAGUUACCCAACUGUUAUAUAACAGUACAUAUAACUUUCAUAUAACUGUUGUAUAACAGUUAUAUGAAAAUUAUAUGACUGUUAUAUAACAGUUAUAUGACAGUUAUAUAACUGUUAUAUAACAGUUAUAUGACAGUUAUAUAACUGUUAUAUAACAGUUAUAUGACAGUUAUAUAACUGUUAUAUAACGGUUAUAUGAAAGUUAUAUAUACUGUUAUAACUGUUAUAUAAAAUCAGACAUUAGACGUGUGAUGACAGUUAUGACAGCAGAUGUCUGCUGUUAUAUAUAACAGUUAUAUGAAAGUUAUAUAACUGGUAUAUUUUACAUAUAAGCGUUAGAUAACAGUUAUAUAACAGUACACACAACUGUUAUAUUAUAUACUGUUAUAUAACAGUAUAUAUAAGUAUAUAUAUAACAGUUAUAUAACUUUCAUAUAAACAUAUAACUGUUAUAUAACAGUUAUAUAACUGUUAUGUGACUGUCAUAUAACUGUUAUAUAACAGUUAUAUGACAGUAUAUAUAAAUAUAUAUAACCGUUAUAUAACAGUUAUAUGACAGUUAUAUAACUGUUAUAUAACAGUAUAUAAUAUAAUAGUUAUGUUUACUGUUAUAUAACAGUUAUAUGACAGUUAUAUAACUGUUAAAAUAUAACAGUUAUAUAACUGUUAUAUAUACUGUUAUAUAUAACAGCAGACAUCUGCUGCCAUAUAACUGUCAUCACUCGUCUGAUGUCUGAUUUUAUAUAACAGUUAUAUAACAGUAUAUAUAACUUUCAUAUAGCUGUUAUAUAACAGUUAUAUAACAGUAUAUAAUAUAACAGUUAUGUGUACUGUUAUAUAACAGGUAUAUAUAACUGUUAUAUAACGCUUAUAUGUAUAUAUACUGUCAUAUAACUGUUAUAUAACUGUUAUAUAACAGUUAUAUAUAACUGUUAUAUAACAGCUAUAUGACUGUUUUAUAACAGUUAUUGUACUGUUAUAUAUCUGUUAUAUAACAGUUUUAUGACAGUUAUAGAACAGUUAUAUGACUGUUAUAUAACAGUUAUAUGACAGUUAUAUAACUGUCAGAAUUUAACAGUUAUAUAUGUAUCUAAGUGAGCAGAUAAGAUUCAGAUGCGAGUGAUCAAAUUGCUUUCUGUGAAUUCCAUUCAUCCUUAUAAGUUAUAUAACAGUUCAUAUAAGAAAAUUCGCGUUAAUUUAAGUCGCGUUAAUUUUGUUGAGCGUUAAUUUCCGCGACGUUAAUUAAGUGCAGCGCUAAUUUCCGCACUCUUAAUUUCCAGUAUUUUAACCCCAAUUUUGGAACCUGUCGAGACAUUAUUGACACCUAAAAAACAUUACCUACAAGCUUUCUUUCUUUCCAUUUACCCUUUAUUUUUCAUCUUUCACAAAAGCUAAGGCGAAGGUUUACAAUAUUUGUUAAAUUUGUUUCCAGUUGUCACCACCAACCGUGUCUUAAUCGCGUUAAUUUCCUUUAUUAUGAAAUUCUACCUUCUCUUUCGCGUUAAUUUUCUUUCUUCGAAAGUCGUUUGCCAUUAAAUUCGCGUUAAUUUAAGUCGCGUUAAUUUCCAAUGCCUUAAUUUCAUGGAGUGUUAAUUUCCUACAAUAAGGUAACUCCUCGUUGCAUGUCGUUGAAGGUCUCUGUAAGUGUCUCAUGUUUUAUUUUUGCGGUAGUUUGGCUGAGCAAUUAAAUUCCCAAAAAGUGCAAUUCACUUCAAUCAAAGUGUAAAAAUGAAACAUCUUAUCUUUCCAAGGGCGAAAAACGGCAUACUGUCUCUCACAAACGAGAGAGCAAAAAGACCAGCCAUUCCUGUCCGCCAUGCAGAAUUUCCUUGAGUAGCCUGACCUUUUGUUUCUUCCGUGUGCAGUCUUGUUUGUUCCAUCAGGAGGUGUCUCAAAAAUAUUAAUGAAGUUUUUUGAUGUGUCAGGGGGUGCAUGAGUAAUAUUGUAAUGCUUUAAGUCAAAUUAAUUCUGCCCUUCAGAACUCAACUUGCUUCUACGUGGCUUUCCCUAGUGACAAGAAUCACUUAGACAGUCUUUUAAAAUAAUUUUAGAAAAUCUCUCAGAAAAGUACACUACUUUGAAGAAAAUGGGAAUGCAAAAGUUUUUUAGGUCGCUUUCUUCCCGUUUUUGAGUCUUUUCCGGACCAAAACAAAAAGGCCAUUACCCCUCCCCCAAGGGCACAAUGUGCCACCCCCCGUGCAUAUUUGAGUGGGAUCCAUAGCUAAAAAUAAUUAGUGCAAUUAAUACUAUCACUGUGCCGAGUUUGAUGCUUUUACCCCAAAUUGCACAAUUCAGCUAUUUUUUUACACCAUAUGGCUGGACUAUUAGCUGAACUGUUUAUUUUUCAAGUGAUAACCCGUGUCUAUUGUUUAUCUUUAUCACGCGGACUACCGUUCUUUGUUGUCUGACUCUUAAGAGAAAAAAAUUAUUGUUAAAGAUUAAAGGAUUUUAAAGCAAAGAGACCAGUUGUUGAGAAUACCACAGAAGUUCCUUCCCUUCCUGCAUCUGCAGGAACACAAAGAGAGGUAAGUUUUCGUUCGCUUGUAUUUCUUUUAGCCACAAACAAAACAAAAAACACGUGGCAUUAGCAUUAGCGAUGCAGAACUUAUUUCUUGCUUUACGUAAGGAAUUGGAAGGAGAGUCAUGCCAUGUAAAUCUUGUAUGCAAAGCUUUCAUUUAUGUUCCCCGUAAUUAAGCCUGGUUCUAAUGUGCCGCCGAUGCACCUGCGAUAUGGCGGCCGGUACUGCCGGGGAUACUGUUCAGAUAUGAGAACAGAAGUGGCCGGCAACAUUGCUCAUCCCAGUCUUUACCCCUGGCAUGCCUGCGAAGUUGACUCAAGUAUGCCGGCGGUAGAGCUUUGCGGUGGCUCAAGUUGCCGGCGGCCCAUGUUCUCAUUCGUCCGAGAAGUGUCCCAGGCGGUACCAGCGGCUACGUCGCAGAUACAUAGGCGGCAUAUGAGAACCCGGCUUAAGUCCCGAUAGUGACCAACAUCAAUUUUCUGCUAAAAAUAUCAAUAGACAAUCAAAGAGAAAGGUUAUGAGAAUUAAUAAAAUGAUCACCACAGAGAAAAUGUUUUGAUCUUUCAUCAAAUUCUCUCAACUCAUUCUUUAAGGAAAAAUAUAGAGAUCAGUUUGGAGAAUUUGUAUGUGGAUUUUGGGGCUUAAAGUCGUAACUGUUUUUAUUCUUUUAUUUCAGCCUCCGAGUAUAGAAGAACUGUUCUCAGUAUCAGCAGCAAUGCUACCCAUAUUUUCAGAAUUUGGAUACAGGUAAAACACUGUCAUUUGCAUUGAAUUUUCUGCAAUUAUUCUAAUUUCGUUUUGGAUCGUGAUGAGAAGCCAAUUGGUAGUUAACCUUGAAACUACGAAUUAAUACACGCUGUCUUGCAUUUCUUUAAUUGUGGUCGUUCCUGUUAUUGGAGGAACAUUAGAACAUGAUUUUUUUUGUUUCUCACAGCAAAAGUGCAGUAAUGAGUCCUUCCGAUGUUCGAACAGUCGUUACGAAUUAUGUGAAAUCGCACGAGCUUGUCUCGACUGAAAAUAAAAGGUAGGUAAGCUUAUUUCAACAAUUUACUUUUGUUUUUAAAAUGAUUCCCCGAGGUGCAAAGUGGUUUCAUCAAGGAUCCUUUUUUAACCCAACAGAACAAACACUGUAAUUUUUUUAACAAAGGAUGACAAAAAAACAGGAUGCUAUUUUCAUUGAUAUGUUUGCUCCGAAGUGGGCACGCGGGCCCCAUAAUUUAGCACGUUUUCCCUCCUGGGACCCUUGCAUUACCCCUGGGUAUUGAGCGUGGUAUUUAAAUGCUUUGCCAACAUCAGGAUCACUGAUCAGAUCGCUUUUCUAUGCGUUCAUGCCCCGAGAGUGCAUAUAUACUUGCGUUUUUGUCCUCCCUCCUCCCCUCAGCGACGAAAACCCGGUUAUGCUGCACUUCUUCGCGUACGGGGAAACUAUUUUCGCCCAUAUCUUAGUAUUCCCCGUGUGUGCCAUAGAGGUGCAGCAUAUCGAUGAAAAUUCUCCUACAAUUUGCGCUUUUCUUUUGUCUGGGUUCUCCGGUUUACGGUCGUUUCGAUUCAAAGUCGUUUCAAUACAAGUCGUUUCGAUACAAGUUUUUUCAGUUUAGGUGUUAAUAGUUUCACAUACUUGGCUUAAAGAACAAAGAAUAUUCACCCAAAAUGUUUUUCAUGUUCGCCCGCAAACUAUAUACUUGAAGUGAUCGAAAUUUUUGUGCAAGUAUCACUGCUUGAGUUGGUAUCGAAACGACUUUGUAUCGAAACGAAUGGUUCUCCUCUCGCACUUUGAGUAUAAAUCCAGUGGGUUACAGCUCGACUUUCCAAAAGCUCACCCUGUUCUGUCAUUUCUUGUUCCUAGAAUGGUGGUGCUGGACCCUACACUCACCAAAAUACUCCUUAAUAAGAACGAGGAUAUCGUAUUUUUACCUUGGGAUCAACUUUUUGAAAGGUAAGCCGGGGCGGAUCUAGGGGGAGGGUGCAGGGGGUGCGCACCCUCCCCUGAGGUGACCUGCGGUUUUCGAAUACAACUGGUAUUCUGCAAAAAAAAAAACUAUGUGGUUUAUUGGUGUUGAAGUAGAGCAAGAGACGAGUGCACCCUCUCCUAAAAAAAAUCCUGGAUCCGCCCCUGUUAAGUCUGGUUCUUUCCACUAUUAAUCCACUUUUACAUCUUAUACGGUACAUGACAAUUUGCAUAGUUCACCGUCGAAGGCUCCAACUUGAUAGUACCUCGGGACAAUUUAACGUUGCCUCAUGGGCCGCCAGAUUUAAACUUCUGCAAAUUGCUUUUUUUUGUGUUUAACAGGCAUGCCUGCUCCGUCACGCUACUAACCCAUUUCUCCUUGUAUGGAUGUCUUUGUGUUUCCCUUGUUUGGGCAUUUUUUAUUCUUUCCGUGUUUUGUAUGUGUAUGUUUUAGUUACCAGUUUUAUCUGCUAGUUUCCUCUUAAUUUGGGGAGAAAGGGGAAGCGGGAAAGCUGUGAGAACAAAGGAGAAGCUGUGUUACGUCUACGCAUUGUAGCUUUCUUAAUCACGCACAUUUUACCGACGAUUCACAGCAAUUAAUGCUUUUCGCAUGUAGGGUUUCAUCUAAAAUGAAUAAAUGCCAUCAGAUCACGUUUCCAGGGCAAGAUCCUUUAGUAAGGUAAGUUACUUCUUUGCAAGUAAGUUUAGAUGAAAGUUACGCGGUCUAAUUGGCUUCAGGGAAGUCCAGAUAUCCUCCUGGAGCUAGUAUGAUAAAAAUGCCUUUUUAAUUCAAAAUACAGUCGAACUUCUCGAAAACGACCACCCGAAAUGUGCAGUGUCUUGUUUUACCGUCCAGAAGUUAAAUGUGGUGCUAAAAUAUAGCAGAAAGCGUUUAGUGAUAAGAAACCCACCAAGCUUGAGCUAGGAUCGUGAUACACCAAUCACUAACAACCACGGUGGUACAAAUAGUUCUUCUCAGUGAAUCGACUCCAUCGCCUGACGAAGACCUGCUAUACGCGGUCGAAACGUCGCGAUCCAUAUCUAUGUGACAAUCGGAAGACAAACCAUUAACCAAACCCUGUAUGUACAAUAAUCCUGUCUCCCCUCUUUUCAGCCGUGUUUUAGUGCUCUAGGAAACCGCUUGGCACGAGCGACAUGUAUUUGCCCCAAGCUCUGAUUGGCUAAGUGGAUUGUUCGUGUUUGUUGUAAUUGGCUAAACUUGUUAUUGCGACUUCUAUUGAAAAUUGCUGGAAUACUUUUUUUUGGUUUGCUCGUUUCUUCUCAUCAGGAAAGGAAAGAUCGAAUCUAUCGAAAUUAAAGUGGAACAGCGCAUGGGUAACAAAAAGGUACCUUUUUCGUUUUUCUGUGCAGUUCGGUUUUCUCUUUGUCUCAUUUUUUAUAUCAUACGCUGUCACAGAACAAAAGUGGUCAUGAAUUUAGUCCAACUCUCGCAACCUGCUUAGGUGUCCCCUUUGGAUCUAAUAAUCGCGGCAGGUAGAGCGCUGGAGGUCACGUGUUCUUUCCUCGGAGCUGGACCAAUACUCAGGGUCUUGAAAUAACUGAGAAAUUAAAGGAAAUGCCUUUGCCCUCUUAACGGCUGGAACUUAGCUUGGCUUCGAUGACCAGGUAAAAUGACGGUCCCAUUUGUAUAGGAGAAGUAAAAGUAGUGUCCUCUAUUUGUAUUUUGGUGUUUUAACAUUUACGCUUUAGUAAAGUGCGUUCUUUUUAUAACCAGUGGUUGUUUACCAUCCAUUGUGCAGGGAUCAAGAGAAAAAUCGAGGUUACGGUAAAUUCCACGGAGCACGACUUUGACGACCCCAGAACUCGGUAGUGGUAGCCUUGUGCCGCAUACUAUAGACCUUGUCACGGUUUUCGACGCCAUCUUGACGAGUAGGCAAACGCGUGAGAAAUUACAGUGUUUGUAUGAGAAUCUAAUAUGUCGGAUCGUCGGAAAAAAUUUUGGAGGCUUACCUGUGCUUAAAUUUCUCCACAGGCUUGCUUUAGAUUUUCCAUAUAUUUGUCUGUAAUUUUCCCGGGACUUUCUUGCAGACAAAUGUAUAGGAAAUUUAAAAAGUGGUUCUAGAUCUUCUAGUGAAUGUAACGCCGUUAAAUUUUUUCAGUAGAAUCCUUAGGAGUGAAGCUUUGGUUUACAAAUCAUAUUUUUUUCAGAACAGCCGUACUACGGAAAUUAUUCGAAAUUAGAUUCUCAUACAAACACUGUAAUUUCUCACGCGUUUGCCUACUCGUCAAGAUGGCGUCGAAAACCGUGACAAGGUCUAUUUUAUCGAGGGUAUUGACAAUGAUUUGUAUUUUAGGUCACGUUAAUCCGGAACCUUGAAUUAUACGGCAUUAGCCCGCAGGAAUUUGCUCACAAUAUACAGUUAAAGGCAGCUUGUAGCACCUCAGGUGAGACCCGCUUUGAGCUAUGUUCACACUAAUAGCUUUAAGCUAUGUUCGGCACGAAAACCAUAUCGGAUAGGACUUCUGUUCACGCACAAUAACGGUUGUGGCGGCGCGAUUUCUGCGACAGAGCGACGCUGCGCCGCGCCUGGCCUUCUCCGCAGGCAACUCCUAUUAGAGACCUUUAGAUUCAAGGACAAAACGAGUACAAGUACGAGAUUUGACUAAAAGCUUUUUCUCCUAUUCUCAAAACAUAGACUCCCCGGAAAGCUUAAUUUUACCAUGUUUCACUAGAACAUUUAGCACUGUUAUCUUUAGUGAAGAAGGUUAUUCCAUCUCCCGAUCGCAAAAUGAUAAAACUUCUAACAUCUGAUAACUUGUUUCCGUUACGUCGACAUUCUCGCUAAAACUCGUAGAAGAGUGACGACGGCUACCACGUUCUCCCGCCAAAAUGAGGCUGGUUCACGCGCGAGGACUACUUACUAUUGAGAAAAUCUCGUACUCGUUGUCGUACUCGUCUUAGAAUCUAGAGCUCUCUAUUGUAACGGUUGUAACAGCGAAGCCUGCGGAUGAUGAGGCUGCGCAGUGCCGAUCUCUAAAGUGGAGAGUCACAGAACGGAUAGAUGUUCACAUUAUACCGAGUAGCCAGCUUUUCGUUCCUUCACGAAAGUAUGUGCAUAGCCUUAUACUACAGCUAGUCAUGUGCCUGACCGCCAAAUGAGAACAGUCCCCGGGAAAGAAGGUUACCCUUCCAGCUGAGUUAAAUUGAGCGAGUGUUUACAUGAGAAAAAAGAUGUUCAUGAUUACAGUCUCCCAUGAUUGCUUGUCAUACCGAGCUGACAACAAAGUUGUUUUAUGGAUGUUCUGAUUGUCUUGUCUAUACCGAGUUUUUAGCCAGAACGGGCCAGCCAAAGACGUUUUAUGGAAAAACAACUGGUACCAAUGGCAGAGUGGCCCGUCUACACCGGAAGUCGUGUUUAGUCCUUUCCGCGCGCUUUCCCGUCGCCAACUGACGUUCCCGUCCUGUUGCUAACGUUUUGUUUCUCAUGUAAACUGUUUGCCAAGUUUCCUAUUUUGGUUGUAAGAAAAGUUGGCUCGCCCCGGAUAACUUUGGUGGGCAAGAGAUCCUUCUUUCCGAGACAUGUGUUCUCCAUCAGUAUAAAAGGUUGCUAAGUACAGCAGAAAAGCGGCUUUUGGAUUAGUUUGGUUCCGCAGUUUUAAACCCUAAAACUCAUUAGAAUAAAAGAAGACCCCGAAAGAAUGGUCAAGUGUUGUUUAAAAUUACACUACUUCUAUACCUCAUCUUAUGAGCUUAUGUAUUAGGCUUUCGAUGGCAAGGAUAGAAACGCAAUUCAACUUGAAAAAAUGCGAAAAAACCGUUCAUACCUUUUUCUUUUGGAUUGAAUCCUGUGACAUCUUUCCAUUCUUUUACAUUGAGAGAAGCGAUUUAUAAAUUCAAUUAAACAACACUGCUUGGUCUUUUGUCCCUUGUAAAUACAAUUUUUAUUCUUCAUUAAUCAGAAUAAUCGCCUUUUUUUUCACGGAUCUUUUCAGUCGUGUUAAGUCUACAUCAGUCACUAGGUACUACAUAUCCUCGUCUUUAACUCUUUUCUUUUAUUGUAUCGUUAGUUUCACAACUACCUGGUAAGAACAUUUCCCCUGGAAUGCAGGUUUUAAUUCAAGGGAACCAAGUUGCCAUUGUAGCGAAAUUUCUUCUAGGUAAGUGACAAGAAACGCUAAGGGGAGUAGGUACAAUCUUUGGGUGCAGUGAUUUUAGGGAUCGUUUGGGUUGACAAGCGUUACUUAUGAUUGGUCGAUGGUAUUUGUUGCCUCCCCACAAACGCCUGCUCAACCGAAGACAACAUUCCUUUCCCAUUGUUUUAUUUGCGUGGUAAGUGACCAAUGGACGGUUGUGAAAUAAAGUGUUGACAGGCUAAACACGACUAAAACGUGACCCUAGAGUUACCGUUUUUAUCUUUCUUUUCUUUCCUUCGCUAAGGUUAUGCAGUACAUGAAGUAUUCUAAAAUUUGACUAAAUCUUACUUUUGCCGCUCUGAGUCUAUCAUUUGUUAGAGGUCAGGAAGCUUUCCCAGUGUUUCCUGCAGAUGGAGUAAUUAUCAGAGUACCCUGCGGUCAAGUUCAACUUUCCAGAAUUUGGAAAGUAUGACGUGAUUGGCUAAGCUUAGGAAAGGAAUGUUGUCUUCGGUUGAGCAGGCGUUUUUGGGGAGGGAUGAAAAACGAGCUCCUCUAAAAACGCCUACCUGGGAGGUAUUCAAGGCAACCAUUAACCAAUCAUAAGUAGCGCUUGUCCACCCAAACGAUCCCACAAAUCGUUUCACCGAAAACGUAUACCCAUUCCAUUUAGGUUUAUCGACCGGCGAAUAGUGACUGCUCGGUAGCUUUGACACUUAAUUUCCUCAUUCACGUUAUAACGUGUUUUAUUUUUGUUUUGGUGUUUAGAUGAAUACAAAAUCCCCAAAAAGUACAUCAGUGGCCUUGAACACCUCAAAAGCGGCAAGAAGAAGAAAUGA